UAUAAAUCAAAAAUAAAAAUAUAAAGAAAUGCAUAAACACUCGACUCAGUUAUUGAUGCAGCACCGCCAGUAUAAAUCCGAGAUGGGCGGCUUUAACAAUGGCACUGUGCCCUCAGCGGGCCCCUGCAAAGUGGGUGGUGUGUGCCCCAAAAGGCCCGGUCCACUGGAACCCAUAAGACGGUGGAAUUCCUUCCAUUCCCGAGACCGCCGGAGCAACACAGUGUCUGCAAGUGUUGAGCACUUCCGGCAGCAGCAGCAGAAGCUGAAGAACUCGAUCCUGGUGUCGAGCAGUGCCCCUUCUGCUUCUGCGCUCGGCGCUGCGGCAGGCUUGAUGGGAGUCGCAGCGGGAGCUGGGGCGGGUCUGGCAAAUGAGCGGUGCAGUGCUCGGCCGGUGUCCCGCGUCAUGGCCCUCCGUUCCGAGUCGGCCGAUGUACCCUCGCCCAGAGGACAACACCCUCCACCCCCGCCAGCCUUUCCCAGGAGGAGGUUCUCAGUCUGCUUCGGUAAGAGAACAGGAGGCAGCGCUCGGCGACCCAACGAGUGUUUCGUUCUCGAGCCCUCCGAGAUGAUUGUGAUAGACUACCCUGAAGUCCAAGGUGGUCGAGGGGUUGGUGUCGGUGGCGGAGGAAGGGGAUCUAUUACAUCAGGCAACAUGGAUCGUUCCAACGUUAACCUGGUUUUCGAGGACACGCAGUUUUCUCCAGCGUUGACGGGACGACCAGAAUUAUACAUGAAAUCAAACCGAUCUUCUCACUCAUCAGACACAAGCUCAGCAUACAGCGGCUCCGAUACGAUGGCAAGUGUACAGAGUUCUCUGGAUGCUGACGAGGUCGACCUCUCAGGGCUCAUAGAGUCCAUCGUUGAUUCAGACGAAGAAGAGGACCUUGCAGAGAGCAUGGAUAGCUUAACAGUACGUGACACAAUUCGAGAGUGUCUGGAGAAAGACCCGUCAGAACGCACAGAAGACGAUGUAGAGACUUUGCUAGAGUUCACACAGCACUUGAAGGCAUUUACCAACAUGACACUGGCUGUUCGGAGAGCGCUGUGCAGUGUCAUGGUGUUUGCAGUGGUAGAGAAGGCAGGCACUGUUGUCAUGAAUGAUGGAGAAGAAUUGGACUCGUGGUCAGUGCUCAUUAAUGGUCAUGUUGAGGUGGAACAUGUGAAUGGUGAGACAGAGCAGCUGCAGGUUGGAGACAGCUUUGGGAUCCUCCCCACUAUGGACAAACUUUACCACCGAGGCGUGAUGCGAACGCGCUGUGACGAUUGUCAGUUUGUUUGUAUCACACAGACAGAAUACUACCGCAUACAGCACCAGGGUGAAGAGAACAUACGAAGACAUGAGGAGGAUGGACGCAUUGUCAUGGUCACAGAGCAAAGGGGUGCCCUGGAGGGAGGUGGACGUCGAGGACAUGUUGUCAUCAGGGGGACAUCGGAGAGGUUAAUGCUGCAGCUGAUAGAGGAGAACUCAGUUAUUGAUCCGACAUAUGUCGAGGACUUCCUCUUAACACACCGCACCUUCAUUAACGGUUCAGUGCAAGUAGCUAACCAGUUGCUGCAGUGGUUCAAUGAGGGGGUAGUGCGAGACAGGGUGACAAGAGUCGUGCUCCUCUGGGUGAACAACCACUUCACAGACUUUGAGACAGAUCCUGCCAUGAUGGAAUUCCUGGAAACGUUUGAGAUUGGACUGGAGCAAGAGAAAAUGCAGGGGCAGCUGCGACUUCUCAACAUUGCUUGUGCUGCAAAGGCUCGAACACGUAACGUGACUCUUGCGAGACCAUCACGUGAUGAGGUCCUCCACUUCUCCAUUCUGGGUGGUUAUGAGAGGGGCUUUGGGAUCUUCAUAUCCAAGGUGGACAAGAGAUCGAAAGCAGAGGACGUGGGUUUGAAGCGUGGUGAUCAGAUUUUAGAGGUUAAUGGUCAGAGCUUUGAUCAUGUAACACAUCCAAAAGCUCUGGAGGUUCUGCGUGGUACUACUCAUCUCAGUAUUACUGUCAAAUCUAAUCUCCUCGCUUUCAAGGAGAUGCUGCAGACACCAGAGAAUUCCCCUCGCAACAAGAUCCGCAAGAAUUCAGAGAUCCCGCUACUGCAGCCUGAUCCCCGCGCAAGACUGGACGUGAUGCAUUUGUCAGUGAUGCCAACAAUUUCCAAUUCUUCCAACACGCCGACGACUCCCUCUGUUACAAUCACGUUGGGGACGUCGCUUACUGCAUCCCCUAUCAAAGAGACCAAUGGUGGGACGGGCGGGAAGAAGGAUGGACAUAAAGGCUUCAUGACACUUGGCCCCAAGCACAGGCUACGCAGAGCCCUUGAAAAAAUGAACAUCCUCCCCAAAAAUACCAUCACUGACGGUGUACACAGUGAGGAUAAUUCGUUCACAAACAUGCAGCCAUCACAUCAGACGAUGUUAAUCCACAGUCACAGUAAUCCUGAUAUCAUGAGCACAAUCUACGAUGAUCUGCGCUCGUCGGAUUAUCCAGAGCACGUGCUCAAAGUGUACAAACCGGACCAGACCUGUAAAUACCUCCUGGUGCAUAAGGAGACAACUGCCCAUGAAGUUGUAAUGCUGGCGCUGCAGGAAUUUGGAAUCACAGAUCCCAGUUCACACUUCUCUCUGUGUGAGGUAUCGGUUGCUGAAGGGGGCAUCAUCAAGCAGAGGAGGUUGCCAGACCAACUCCAGAACUUGGCUGAGAGGAUUGGACUCAGCAGUCGAUAUUACCUGAAGACAAACGGUACAACAGAAACAUUGGUCCCGGAUGAAAUGGCACCUGAGCUUGUGCGUGAAAGUCAAGUGCAUUUCCUGCAACUCAAUGCAGUUGAAGUGGCAAUUCAGCUGACACUUCAGGACUUCAGCAUUUUCCGCCAGAUAGAGAGCACCGAGUACGUGGAUGAUCUGUUUGAACUGAAGAGCCGUUACGGCGUUCCAAUGCUGUCACAGUUUGCUGAGUUGGUGAAUCGGGAAAUGUUUUGGGUAGUGACAGAGGUUUGCUCAGAACAUAAUCUAGUCAGGAGGUCGAAGAUCAUCAAGCAGUUUAUUAAAGUAGCAAGGCAAUGCAAAGAAUGCAAGAAUUUCAAUUCGAUGUUUGCGAUCGUCUCAGGCCUUGGCCAUGGGGCAGUGUCUCGACUCCGAUUAUCUUGGGAGAAAUUACCAAGCAAAUAUCAGCGGUUAUUCAGUGACCUGCAAGAUCUCAUGGACCCAUCUCGUAAUAUGAGCAAGUAUCGUCAGCUGGUGAGCUCAGAGCAGUCCCAGCCUCCUAUUAUUCCAUUUUACCCAGUAGUAAAGAAAGAUCUGACAUUCAUUCACUUGGGAAAUGAUUCAAAAAUAGAAGGACUGAUUAACUUUGAAAAGCUGCGGAUGAUCGCUAAGGAAGUGCGGACACUGACCAACAUGUGCUCCUCGCCAUAUGAUCUGCUCACAAUGUUGGGUCUCGGUGGACAGCCCCCGUCGAAUGCCAUGGUAGCACUGAAUCAGUUGACAAUGGCUAGUGGAGCCGGUGGUCAGCAAGGUGCUGCCACUGUCAAGAGGCGGAAGAAGUCAACAGCUCAGCCCAACCCGAAGAAGAUGUUUGAGGAGGCACAGAUGGUUCGUCGCGUGAAGGCUUACCUGAACAACAUGCGUGUGAUAACAGAUGAAGACAAACUUCACAGCCUGUCAUUAGAGUGUGAGCCAUCAGGCAGCGCUCCCAACUCAGUUCCUGUCCGGAAACGGCAUCCCUCGCCCACCCUCUCCACCACAAGCAGCACCAGUAGUGCCAGCGAGGGAAAGAAAGGGAUUGCCGGCACCAAGUUUGGAGCUGCAUCGCCACAGGCAGUGCGCAAGAUGCUAGCACUUAGUGAGCCCAACAAGACACGGCCUCAUCAGCCGCGACAUCCUCCCCAGCCACCGCUGCCCAUACCUGGGCUAGCCCACUUACCCCACCCCCACCCAGCCCUCUCCCCCUCCCUGUCUCCUAGCUCUCAUCGUCGUGUAUGCAGUAGUGCAGUAAUACCAGGCGUUGCCACUAGAGAACAUCAUGGGGCGGGUGGCAGGGCGCUACAUGAACGCUCCCACUCCGAUACUCCAACACUUCCACUUCCGUCAGUGGAUCUCAGUGCAGAGAGCAGCAGUGUCACGUCAUUAAGCAACCUCCCGCUACGCAAGACCCUGACUUCAGGUUCAGUGACUUCCAGUGACUCUGGUCACUCCACGCAGCUUGACUCGCAUUCCAACAGCUCAGUGGAGGUGGCUGCUGGGCCCAAUCAAGGGGGCUGCUCCCCACCCUCACAGCACAGGCGGCACUCCAUUAUACAGGUAGCGCCCUCUCCUCCUAGUUGGCCUUGGCCACCCUUUCCGCAUGCAGUUCCAGUGCUGCCACCUAUCCCACCUUAUGGUUGUGUGAUGCCACCUCCAAGGGAUGCACCCCCUCGUCCCCGUCAUCCUCCUGCUUACACAGUAGCAGCACAAAUGGCACGACUUCAGAGGUUAGGACGAGCACAUUCUCACGAAGGUGUGACGGGUGGAUAUUACCACACAGAUCCUGAAGAAGACGAUGACGAGGAUGCACAGGUGUCUGCUGUGUGAACGGAUUCAUGUUCCCGUACGUUCUCAGACUGCUAACUUCAACAUUCUCGUAAGU